AGGACCCGGGUUGUAAUUGUCGCACGCUGUUGUACUUCCGUGUAAUACAGUCCACUGUUUCCUAAAGUAUGUUUACCAUCGUUUGCUCACUUUAAUGAGCUCUCAAUGCAGAAUCGUGACUUGUGUUUAGUUUUCAAUUAAACACAGGGCAACAGCGCGACAUCCAGAGGCGUGAGGUUUAGUUUCAGGCAGAAUGUCUCGCUGUGUUGCGUUACAGACGCAUCUGGCGUCUGUGAUGGAGGCGUUAGUUCACGCCUCGAUUGCUGAAAUGUACAAACUCAUGGAAGAAGAGACGCUGUCAUUUCUCAGCAAUGAUAUUUCCAGAGAUCAGUGUGAAAACGAGGAGGCUGAGUCAAGAAUGAAGAGGGAAAAGGAGGAGAGAAUGAAGCAGUUUGCAUCAGUCAUGGAAGUAUUGGGCAACGAGGCUCUUGGGAAAAUAAUCAAACUCGUUGAUGAAACCAAAUUUCUGUUGGACCUGGAGUGCAAAACAUUUUCAGGGAAGAGGGCAAAGCGUCCCGGCAGUAUCUUGAACAUUCUGUCUGUUGGAGGACUUGAAGAGGAACAUUCUUAUGAUGGAAGUGCAAGAAGCCUGGAGACAAGAACAAGAAAUGAGUCUGAUGAGGCCACAGAAGACCGUCCAGAAUCCCCACUGACGUUGGCUGUGACGAUCAAAAAUGAAUUUGGAAAAGUUGACUUGAAAUCCAUCACUAGUGGUCACCUAAACGCUUCUUCAGAAGAUGGAGUAGCAUCUGUUUUGCUAGAAGACAGCAGUGAAGAUCCUCAAGACGCUGUUACACUCUUCGGAAAGAGAUCAUUUAUUUGUUCAGAGUGCGGCAAGAGUUUCUCUUCUCAAAGCAACCUCAAAUCACAUCAGCGCAUUCACACUGGAGAAAAGCCCUUCGGCUGUGUUCUUUGCGGCAAGGCUUUCGCCCACAAACAGAGUCUGUCUGACCACCAUCGAGUCCACUCAGGAGAAAAGCCAUUUGUAUGUAAAGUCUGUGGCAAAUGCUUCGGGAAAGCCGCACAUCUCAAAACCCACGAAAUAAUCCACACUGGCGAAAAACCAUUCGGCUGCAAUGUUUGCGGAAAAAGAUUCAACAUCGCUCAAAAUCUUGCCAGGCACCAACUUACCCAUACGGGUGAAAAGGAGUUUCGAUGUUCAAUAUGUCAGAAAAGUUUCACACGGGCCAUAACGUUAAAAACCCAUCAACUUAUCCACACAGGUCAGAAACCGUACUCUUGCGUGUCUUGCGGGAAAGCAUUCCGGCACGCGGUCAACCUUAAAAACCACGAGCGCAUCCACACAGACCAGCGGCCAUUUAGUUGUGACCUGUGUGGCAAGACCUUCCGCCAGGCUGUAAAUCUCAAAAUCCACAAACGGAUCCACACGGGGGAAAAACCUUUCAGCUGCAAGGAGUGUGGGAAGAGCUUUAGUCAGCAGAGUAGCCUCAUUUCACACGGCCGCACUCACUCUGGAGAAAAACCCUUUGGCUGCAAUUACUGCGAUAAGUGGUUUAACAAUACGAACAGUCUUAAGCUGCACCAGAGGGUCCAUACCGGUGAGAAGCCGUACAAUUGUGAGUAUUGUGGCAAGUGUUUCAGUCAAGGUAGUCACCUACGUACUCACAAACGCCACGUUCAUGGAGGAGGGAAGCAGUACAUCUGCGAUAAAUGCGGAAAGAGAUACGCAGAUCCACGUAAUCUUAAAUUGCACAAAUGUGUUUAUGCUUAAACAUGGUGAUCACAUUUAUCAUUAUAGAGAUAUUCUGAGCCCAUUUUUUUCUACGAUGGAUAAAUUAUUGGAGAAGAUUAUCUGAAGAUAGCUAUAAUCACAUAGAACUUUAUUAUUUUGAGUUUUGAAAUUUAGAUAUUUUUUUGGCAGUGUCAUGGACUGUCAAGUGGCCCCAAAUGAUGAAUAUCAAUAGUUGUGACAAGCAUUUUUCUUCACAAAAUAUUAUGGUUUAUAUCAUAGAAUGUUUUUGAGUUAAAUUAUAGGAUUAAGUAAAUUAGUUAAUAGUAAUUACAGAUUUAUUUUGAAUUAUGACAUUGUUUUGUACCUUUCUUUACAUGUGGGUCGUAAUUGAAAAGCUCAUUAUAUGCCAGUCAUAUUUAUGUUUGAUGUAACACAAGAUCAGAACCACAGAAAAAAAUAAUACUAGCGAGAGUUGCUUUUGAUAUCUACAGUUCUGAUCAUCUAUAAUCCCUGAUUUUGAAGACAGUAAAGUGAUGUCUUAUGCAAAAUAUACCAAUGUUAAUUAUUUAUUUUAUUUAAUAUUUAAAGAAUAAGAUCAUGGCAUCCAUAUGGUCAAAUACUUUAUUACUGUUGUUGCCCUGUUUUCUGUCAAAUAAUUUAUAUUUGAUUUAUGAAAAUGUUGCCAAAUACAGUUUUCAAUAAAACAUUGUUAUUGAA